GAAGUGAAACUAAAAGGCUCCAGCAGCAGCUCAUCUGGAAGACUGUUGUGUUGUGGUUUGUCAGCUGAAUCUUUGCGUAGUUUCAGCAACAAUGUCUUCAGUUCAGCAUCUGAGAGAGUUUAUCAGAGAGCGACUAACUGCUGCUGCUGAAGAAAUCUUCUCAGAGGUUGAGAAAACCAUCGUCCGCUACGAGGAAGACGCCAGACUGCUGGAAAGCUGCUGGAGACCCCAGAUAAAGACCACCAGAAUCGACCUCCAGAAGCCACAUGUCUCCACGGAGGAGGAAGAUUCUUCCAUCCAACAGCUCUGCAACCAGAGGAGAAGGUCCAGUCAUGACCGGGAGGAAGCAGAACCUCAGUGGUCUGAAGAGGAACAGAUGGAACCAGAUCCUCCUCUGACUGAAGAACAGGGGGAACCAGAACCUCCACUGAUUAAAGAGGAAAAGGAGGAAGCAGAACCUCAGUGGUCUGAAGAGGAACAGAGGGAACCAGAACCUCCACUGAUUAAAGAGGAAAAGGUGGAGCCUGCGUCUUUAUGGGUUAAAGGGGAACAAAUGCAACCAGAUCCUCCAUUGAUUAAAGAGGAAAAGGAGGAACCAGAACCUCCACUUAUUAAAGAAGAACAUGUAGAGCCUGAGUCUUCAUGGUCUGAAGAGGAACAAGAAGAACCAGAAUGUCCAAUGAUUGAAGAAGAAAAGGAAAUGCUGGAUUCUUCAAGGAUUAAACAUGAACAACAGGAUGCUGAACAUUUAGCAACUAGAAGGGAUCAGGAGGAUGUCUGCAGCAGUCAGGAGGGAGAGCAGCUUGUCCAGAAGAAGUCUGUUGCUCUAAUGGAGACCUUUACCCUUCAGGAACAUGAAGGAGAACCAAGAACUGAGCAGCUUUCCUUUCAUAUCUCUCCUGUAGUUCAGACCAAAGACCAGGAAGGAAGCAGCUCCACUGGGUCAGAGAGACAGUCUUUCACUGACACUAAGAAAAUGUCUUUAAAAUGUGAUGUUUGUGGAAAGUCUUUGACGCACAAGAGUCUUUGGAAAAGGCAUUACAGAACCCACACAGGUGAGAGGCCUUUUCCUUGUCAGACAUGCGGAAAAAGCUUUACUCAGCUGAGUCAUUUAAAUAAUCACAUUAGAACCCACACAGGUGAGAGGCCUUUUCCUUGUCAGACAUGCGGAAAAAGUUUCACUCAGCUGAGUCAUUUAAAUAAUCACAUGAGAACCCACAGUGACGAGAAGCCUUUUUCUUGUCAGACAUGCGGAAAAAGUUUCACUCAAGCAUCCAGUUUAUAUGGUCACAUGAGAACCCACACAGGUGAGAGGCCUUUUUCUUGUCAGACAUGCGGACAAAGUUUCACUCAGCUGAGUCAUUUAAAUAAUCACAUGAGAAUUCACACAGGUGAGAGGCCUUUUUCUUGUCAGACAUGCGGAAAACAUUUCACUCGACUGAGUAAUUUAAAUGUUCACAUGAGAAUCCACACAGGUGAGAGGCUUUUUUCAUGACAGGGUUUCCGCGGGGCAUUAAGUCAUUAAAUUUUUUAAAAUUAAGUACUUAAUUGGCAUUAAAAGUCAUUAAAUGUGAUUAUCUAUGGCAUUAAAAAUGCCUUAUUUUUUUAUAGUAAUACAGUCAUAAAAAGAGUUUCGUCGGAUAUAUCACAUCAGAUAUAACUGAUUCCGCGUGUUUGCACGGAACUGCUUCCGGUUGAUCGUAAAGCCGUUUGUUUUUACAAUGUUCGGAAGAGGAGCUCGAGGCGAUAAGAGCUAGAGAAUGGGAAAAUACUAAUUUCAACAAAAGUGGAUGGAAAACGAGGAAUUCGGGACAUGACUGCAGCCUGUCGACGGUAAAGAUGACGAAGGAUUUUGCCGUGUUUGUAAAAAAAA